GCGGCGGCCAUGGCGGCGACGCGGCUGGAGCUGAACCUGAUGCGGCUGCUGAGCCGGUGCGAGGCGCUGGCGGCAGAGCGGCGAGACCCCGAGGAGUGGCGGCUGGAGAAGUAUGUGGCUGCUCUGGAAGACAUGCUCCGAGAGCUGAAGAAGCAGUCGAGCAAGCCAGCUCCAGAACUGAUGAACGAAUACUCUCGCAAAGUAGACUUCCUGAAGGGGCUUUUAGAAGCUGAAAAACUGUCUUCGUCAACCGAAAAGGCUCUGGCAAAUCAGUUCUUGGCCCCUGGCCGUACCCCCACAACAGCCAAAGAGAGGACCCCAGCAACUAAAAGGGUUCACCUGCAGACAAAGGCUCGAUGCACAGGCAAGAUGAGGAGCGAGCUGCUUGGCACAGACCCCUUGGCUGCCAAUGAUUUUGAGGAGUUCACCGUGAGGAAGCGGAAAGGCCUCGCAGCUGAUGAGAAGCAGUCAGCGGUGGAGCUGGAUGCUGUGUUGCAGCACCACCAGGACAUGCAGGAGAAGUUAGCUGAAGAAAUGCUAAGUCUUGCUCGCAGCCUCAAGAACAACACUCUGGCUGCACAGAAUGUGAUCAAGCAGGACAACCAGACGCUGUCGCAUUCCCUCCGGAUGGCAGACCAGAACUUUGAGAAGCUCAAGGAUGAGUCUGACCGCCUGGAGCAGCACGCCAAGAAGUCAGUCAACUGGCUGCUCUGGAUCAUGCUGAUUGUGGUUUGUUUCAUAUUCAUCAGCAUGAUUCUCUUCAUCAGGAUCUUCCCCAAACUGAAAUGAU